ACCCCCUGAGGGGGGAGGGGAUCAGGGGGGCUGCUUGGGCCAGCCCACUGUAAAUGUCUUCUGUGUGAACUUGUGUAGCAGUUAGAUUGACCCAGGAGCCUGCACAGCUGACUUCUCUUCUGUCUUUUCUGCUUGUUGGUGUUCUAAAGACUGAACGAUGAGGGUGUGUAUCGUCUUCCUCCUGUGCCUAGCUGGCCAGGUGUUCACUGCUUCCAUUACGGAGGAGGAGCCCAUCAUUGAUGAUGUCGUUGAGGAGGCACAGCCAGAAGUGGGAGCCAACCCAGUGCAGGUAGAGAUCGGAGACUUUGACGAGGCCAUUGAUGUUGUGGAGGAGGAAGAGGACAUCGCUGAGAACCCCUGUUUGAACCACCACUGCAAGAAGGGAAAGGUGUGUGAGGUCGAUGAGGAGAACACCCCCAUGUGUGUCUGCCAGGACCCCACUACCUGCCCUGCUGCCAUUGAAGAGUUUGAGCAUGUUUGCGCCACCGACAACACAACCUACGACUCUUCCUGCCACUUCUUUGCCCAGAAGUGCAGUCUGGAGGGAACCAAGAAGGGCCACAAGCUGCACCUAGACUACAUCGGGCCAUGCAAAUUCAUCGAGGCCUGCAUGGAUGCUGAGCUGAAUGAGUUCCCCCUGCGUAUGAGGGACUGGCUGAAGAACGUUCUGGUCAGCCUGUACGAGCGUGAUGAGGAGAACAACCUCCUGACUGAGAAGCAGAUGCUCAGAGUGAAGAAGAUCUACGAGAAUGAGAAGAGACUGCAGGCUGGAGAGCACUCCCUGGACCUGCUGGCCCACGACUUUGAGAAGAACUACAACAUGUACAUUUUCCCCGUCCACUGGCAGUUCGGUCAGCUGGACCAGCACCCCGUCGAUGGGUUCCUGUCCCACACAGAGCUGGCCCCCCUGCGCGCCCCUCUCAUCCCCAUGGAGCACUGCACCACUCGUUUCUUCGAGCAGUGCGAUGCUGACAAUGACAAGUACAUCGCCCUGGAGGAGUGGGCCAACUGCUUCAGCAUCAAGGAGCAGGAUGUCAACAAGGACCUUGUCAUCUAAACUCACCCCGCUGACCUCCAGUAUGAAAACUAGUCUCUAUUGGGACGAGGUGCUAAGCUGAUCCCUAAAUUAAAGGAACACUGUAACUAAUUAACGACCUCCUAUACCACUAACAUUGAUGAAAAAAAAAGAGAUGUGCACCGUCUGAACUAACAAUCACAAAACGUCACCAUGAUGCAACUUCAAAUUUGUCUUAUUUUUGGGCAAAUAAAUAAGCUUUUUUUUUUUAACAGAUAGAUUAGUAACAGAGAGAGACUUGUGACGAGAGGGAGAUAUAAAUGUAUGUUGAACAGGUUGUGAUAAUGGAUGUUAAUCACAACAUUUAUCUUUUUUUUUCACUUAAUCAGGGCUGUGAUUUAAUAACUUCAAUUUGAAAAUUAUUUUGAAGGAGACAAAUUUGUAAAAAAUCAAAUAAAUUCUAAAUAAAUGCUCCUUUCGCUUUUUAAACAUAUUUAGUUGUUUUCACUCUUUUGGUGGUGGACUCAUUUUGUUAUCUCUGCUCUUUUGUUUGUUAGUUCAUUGACUUUGACUACUGCUUUAAAUUAAGGCCUGACUAUCCACAGGUGGGUUUUCUGACAUAGAUUCUGUCACACAACAAGGGCAUAAGUGUACUGAAAAAUUAUUGAGACAAUAAAAAGGAAAUAUUGUUUAAACUCUACGAGGAAAGCAUCUUGCAGGUUGAGCGUUUUUUCCUCACACUAUACCGUAGCAUGUUUACUGACGUUCCUAUACUCUUUUUUCGAUACCGUGUGAACACAAUAGAACUCUUUCCUCAAAUAAAAAUGAUCUGAAAUGUC